UUGGUGUUUUACUGUAAACUGUGAUUUUUUUUGCAAAAAUAUAACCUUAACUAUUAAUAAUACUAUGGGAGAUGCAUAAGUGAAGCUUUUUAAAAAUUCAAAUAAUGAAUCUGCGGGCAAUAUCGAGAGAGAAGUUAUUUGCAUUUUUUGGUAUCCUACUUUGUAGUGUCAGUCUAAUUUAUUUCUAUUUAAUUUAUGUACAAGAAAAUUAUGCGAGUAUUAAACAGAGUGGGGAUCGAUGCCAGUCUGAAUUAACUUCUAUUAAAUAUCAACUAAAUGCUGUGACAGAAUAUAAAGAUCGUCUGGACAAACAACUGACUGAAGCACAAAAGAAAUUUGACUUGGAUCGGGCGAGGUUCAAAGAUAUAAUGGAGAGCUGUGUGGCAAUGAAACAGCAAACUACACUUUGCGAGACCCAGUUUGAAGAUUUGCAGACUGAAUGCAGAAGGAUUAAAGAAGAAUUUGAUGAACUUGGUAAAAAUCUAGGAACAAAAAAAGUCUAAUUGAAUUGGCUUCCAUGUUAAAUGUUUUAAAAUAUGUUAAAAUUAUUGUUGUGUUUUAAUACCUUGAUUGUGGGAAUUGCAGACACAAUAGAUUUUCAGUUGUUAUGCGGCAUCCGGGUGCUGCUUGGGGAUUGAUGGGUUAAGUGUAGCCAGCACAAUUAAUACCUUAACCACAGAAUAUAUAUUAAUAAUACCAACCUUAACUACUAGUUAUUGGUAAAAGGAUAAAAAUGUCAUAAAUACUAUGCCCACAAACUUUUGUCUUGUAAUAAUUAUUAUAGCAAAACUUUUUGCGUUAUUUGCAAGCAACAUUUGCUGCUUUAGUACAAAUGUGGUUUCCCAGUUCCAGUAAAAAUAGUUAUUGUAGUGUAAAACUUUCCCCCUUUUAAGGCAAAAAAU